UUGAAUUCAGACGGUCGGGUGGUUCGGAGCUGAUUUGGUCGCGGCUUUUGAUUUCGAUUGUUUUUGUUGUUCGGUGAAUUUUCGCGCCUCGAGAAGAAUUUAACCGACUCCAGACACUAUGCGCCGGUCCUGCCAGGAAUAGGUGCCAGGAUUAAGGAUAGCUCCACAAUUCAGAAUCGACGUGAGAAGCGGUGCCCUGUUGGUCCACUGAAGCUGUGCAACGGUUUAGCGAAGGAGUGCGAGGCGAAAUCGACCAAAACAAAGUUCGGCCCAGACGAAAACAGAAGUCAGAAUUCAAAAUGUUUGAGCUCGAGGAUUAUUCCAGCAACAUAUACGAGGGAAUAUCCAGCAAAUAUGCGGACGGCGCUGGUCCCUCACUGGACUUUUAUGUCUCCGACUCGAUGCAGGAAAUGCUGAACGUGGACAUCCGCGCCGAGAUCGCCAACGUGGUGGGCACUUCCAGCAGUGACCUCACCUCGUCCCUGGAUCACGCCCUGGAGGCUAUAUCGGCAAUCAACAACAACAAUGGCAGCAGCGCCAACGGCGUCUCCUACAACGCCAAUGCCAACUUCCUGUCCAGCAGCGCCCUCCACGCCUCGCCCACUGCCAAAUGGAUGGGCUCCUCGGCCAGCUUCUGGUCCAACACAGACUACUACGCCGACCUGGGCGCCUGUGUGAACCCCAUAUCGGUGAUGCCCCUGAUAACCACCGCAUGCAAUUCGGGGCUCAUAUCGCCGAAGCGCAACAAAUCGGCCACGUCCUCCCAGGGGCGGGCCGGGGCGGGUGUGCCGUCGUCGCCCUCCGCCGAGCGGGAUCAGCCCAAGUCGCACCUGACCUUCUCGCCCGCACAGAUGAAGGUCAGCGCCGGCUCCCUGCGACGCGAGCAGGUGAUGGCCCACAUCCCCAAACAGAUAUCCGUCAUCACGGGAACGGGCAGCACUGCCCCGGCCACCAUGGCCACCAACUCGGUACUGCAGCGUCGCAACUCGUCGGCAGUGGACGCAGUUCGGAAGGACCUGGCUGGCGAACUGCGCAAGGUCCAGUCUAGUCCCGUGCCCACCGGCGCGGACGCCAAGACCACAUCCUCGCUGCUCACCUCGGCCAACGGAGGCACCAACACCAUCAAGCUGGCACCGGGAAUCGGGGGUCUCACCUUCGCCAACAGUGCGGCCUACCAGAAACUCAAGCAGACCUCUUGCGCGAAGUCGCCCGGAGGCGGCACCGGCUCCUCUGCGACAUCGACGGCGGGUCUCAAGGAGGCGGCCAAGCGCGGGGGACUGCAGCAGCUGAGCACAACACCAAAGAGCAUUGCUUCGGCGGCUAACUCGCCGCACCACCAAAUGCAGGGCCACGGCAGCUACAGCCUGGGAUCGCCCUCGUCCCUGUCCUCGACCUCCUCCUCGGCCGCUUCCCCGCUCGGAAACGUAAGCAACCUGGUCAACAUUGCGAAUAACAACUGCAACGGAUCGGGUGGAGGGGGCCUGGUGAAGCCGCUGCAGCAGAAGGUCAAGCUGCCGUCUGUGGGCAGCGCCUUCCCCAAGCCCGCUUACUCCUACUCCUGCCUGAUUGCGCUGGCCCUCAAGAACUCCCGGGCCGGGUCGCUGCCAGUCUCGGAGAUCUACAGCUUCCUCUGCCAGCAUUUCCCCUACUUCGAGAACGCUCCCAGCGGCUGGAAGAAUAGUGUGCGCCACAACUUGUCGCUGAACAAGUGCUUCGAGAAGAUCGAGAGGCCGGUGACCAACGGCAACCAGAGGAAAGGGUGUCGCUGGGCCAUGAACCCCGAGCGCAUCUCCAAAAUGGACGAGGAGGUGCAGAAGUGGUCCCGCAAGGACCCGGCAGCCAUUCGGGUGGCCAUGGUCUAUCCCCAGCACCUGGAGUCCUUGGAGAGGGGCGAGAUGAAGCACGGCUCGGCUGACUCGGACGUGGAAAUGGACUCGCAGUCGGAGAUCGAAGAGUCCUCCGAUUUGGAGGAGCACGAGUUCGAGGACACCCUGGUGGACGCCAUGCUGGUGGAGGAGGACGAAGAGGAAGUCGAGGAGGAGGACGAUGAUGAAGAGCACAUGCUUAACGAGUUCCAGUCCGUGGUCGAGUCCAAGUCCAAUCAGCUGCCCAUCGACCACGAGCUGCUCGUGCAGAGGAGCGGUGACUUCGAAAUCGAGGUGGACGAACUGUACGAUGCUAUCGACAUCGAGGACGACAAGGAGUCGGUCCGACGUCUGAUCGCCAGCACCCAGGCCCCUAGCAUCAUCGAGCUGAAUCCCGCUGACCUGAAUGCCAACGACGGCUACCAGCAGCCGCCCUCGAAGAGAGCACGAGUGGACAUCAACUACGCGAUCGGUCCGGCCGGCGAGCUGGAGCAGCAGUACGGUCAGAAGGUGAAGGUGCAGCAGGUCACCCAGCCGGCCACCCUGCAGCUCCAGAGCCAGAGCCAGCAGCAGCAGCAUCCGCCCAACUACAACCGGCGCAAGAUGCCGCUGGUCAACCGAAUCAUCUGACGUGGAGCACAGUCCGACCCCACUAAAAACUAAAUGCGACACACUACCAUUUAAUCACUUACCGAUAGGUUUAUAUCAUUAAGGCUCGCUUGAACGGGCUCCACAUCCGAUUAUCAGUUUAUAGUUUCUCAAAGUUCCCGAUGUGUUCAGAUGGAAUGUUUAUUUAGGUUUAUUAUUUUCUAUAUAUACUUGUAUGGUUCCGAUGCUAGGGAACGAUUUCUCGCUUUGAAGUCAAGGGACGCUGAAGAACCAAGCUCUUCGCUCUGCACUGAGAAGUCGUCCCCUCGAGCUUAAGGGGUUCAGGGGGAAGGGAAGAGCAUGCUCUCCCAUGUGUUUCGUAUGUUCUAUAUCUCUCGGAAUAAACCACUACUACAUAAGCUCACCCGAAAGUUUUGCUCUGAUUUGACACUUGACCCGAAAUUCAAAAGAGAUCAUUUGUGACGAUGCACGAAGCAUGUUGAUUAUUUUUGUAUCUUAUUGUAGCUAUUGAUUAUUUGAUCUCUUGACAAAUGAAAUUUUUCUAUUUUACAAUUAAACCACCCCACACACACCACCUGACCAUGAAACGUAAGCACUAGGUUCACGUUUUUGCCAACUAUUCCAUUCUGUUCUAACCAUAGAAGCAUCCUCCAGGCACUGUCCUUAGACGUAAGAACGUUUUAAAACGGAAACGAACACAAUAUACUUGCCGGUCCAGUAUUCGAGGUAAAACGCGGAUUUUUAUGACGACUUUGUAUGUAUUGUACUAUAACUAAUAAUACGAAUAGACACAACAACUAUUGUUGCGAGUAACAGUCAAUUAAUUAUAAACCCAAUUAUAGUGUAAGCGAUGAUUCCGAAUGUAAAUAGUUUUACACGCAACGAAUCACUGUAUACUACGUGCUUAGCCCUAAGUGAUAUAUAUAUAUUCCAAAUCCAAACGAAACGACACAUCCGACAACCGAAAAGACUUCAAUAUCAGAUAUAGACCCAGAAGGUACCGAACAGUUGAACAAACCUCAGAUUUAAAAUAGUACAAAGAGCUAGCUACUGAGCAACGCAUUUUCGAGGACGACGCAGACGAAGGCCUUGCACACUUGGUGUUUUAAAUCAGCCGCCUCAGCAUUUACAACUUAAUUUUAGAAAACACACAUGGAUUUUUCUUGUAACUACCAUACAGACUAAGUGGCACUUUGGAAUUCUAUUGAUACGAUACGGCUAAGAUAACUACUGUAAAUGAGUAGGCUAAGAAGGGACAAUUUUUGUAUAGAGUUGUUGAAAAUUAAAUGGCAAGGAAAAUUGAAACCAAAAAAAUAAUAAAAUAUACCAUUUUAAAGAAA